AGCCAAGGACCUACAUAACAUUGGCGAAUUUUAAUAUUCCUGCUUGACGUACUAGAGUCUUCGGAACACCGUCUCGUUCGUCCAAGUUUCCCAUUACAGACCCUACGCACAAGAUCUGUAUACCAGCGGACAACUACGGCAUUGAAACAAAUUCUCUGUACGCGGUAAACGUGUUCAAAGCCGAAGUAUAUACAGUGGUUGCGAAAGGCAGGUGGUUAGGAAACGUAUAUAAAAGUGUUCGAUGUAAUAGAUAAUUAUUGAAAUAAAGGGACGCAGGUGCGUAUCUAUGUACAGGCGGAAUGCGUACGAUUAUAGACGUGGCUAGAUCGAUCGAUCACGCUAGUUAGCGCGGCUUCGUUCUACGAUCUCGCUAUAUUCUUUCCCUUCGGAACUACUACGUGUUGCGUAAAAAGAGGAAGAAAAAUUGCGCAGCUCGUUCGUUAGGCGGCAGCAGAGCGCGCGUUUCCCUCACGAUAGACUCGCGUCGACAUUGGGAUAAAAACCGUAGCAAUCCGUAAUCCGCCCAAGUGUCUCGAGCAUUUCCGAGGGUCUGAGUGCGCGUUUACGCACCACCAGCAAGUUAAUCCUGCAAAGUGCGAGCAAGAUGCCUCCUUUGAUCUCGCACAAAAGCCGCUACACGGCAUUGACCGUGGUUUAUAUAUGCUCAUGUAUGGGCCACUGUCUUUGCUAGCUCACUCAUUCAUUAAAUUCGUUGUAUAAUUAGGCUCGCCAGAAAGAUGCAGACUGUCAACCGAUGAUUCCUGUGCACCAGCGCAACGAAAAGAAGAAGCUCCAACUCGCUCCUGAAUUUAUGCCCUCGCAUUCUCCCUGUUCGACUAUUUCUCCUCCCGAUGAUCCUUCUUUUUCCCGAUGUGACUCGCGAGAACGUAAAGUCACGUUCGCAGUGAUCUAAUUAUAUGGCUCGCGGGGAACUGCUAACUCAGUCACGGGACAAGGAAAUUUGCAAAUGCGAUUAUUUUCAUCUAGAGAGAGAGAGAGAGAGAGAGGGAGAGGGAGAGAAAGAGAGAGAGAGGUCUAUUUGUUUGCAUGACGAUCGAAUUUGUUCGAAAAUGAGCGACUUUGUUGCAGAAGAAGAAUCGCAGCGGAAAGCCGAUGCGACUAGGUUUUCACGAACGUUACGAUAAACGGGAAAAAGUUCUAAUUCGGUCGAACAACGAGGCGCUUCGAAAAGCGUGGCAUUCGAAAACGAAGCGAAUCAUAGCGAAUGAUUUUCGAAGACAGGAUGGACACACGAAGGAUCCGAGAGAAGUCGAGGAGCCGAGUCGAGAAGAAGAACAGAAAAGGAACAAGAUCCUAGAUAUCCCCCACCAGAUGCAGAGGUGGUCCACGGAACCGCCUCCGCGAUCUACCAUCCAACGUUUGGUGCGUGUGCCAGACGUGUGCUCAUCGUUUCUGCCUCUUUCGUACGGACCAACCUGUGUGGUGCUCGCUCCCUGAAUGAACCUUCACAUCCUCGUCGAUCCGUGUUCGUCUUUCUUCUCUAGUCAGCCAGUCAGUCAGUUAGCUAUCGGAGUUUCCUUAAACCGUCGCGGGUGCUAUUUUCUAUGCCAUUUUUUUAUAAUCGACGCGAUCGGAUUACGGCGAUUAGAAACACGUCUUAAAGAAUUUAAAUUCAAUACAGAGAUCGUUGUUAUACGGAUGACGAGUAAUCAACGGUCGGAGUGCGAACCAAGGAAAAGAAUAAAUCGAGUCGCGAACGUACCAAAACCCGUAAACGAUAUUUAUCGAGCGAGAUAAGAAGAAGGGCCGGUCGCUGAGAGAGUGGCGGAAAUCGAUGCGACGCCGAUAUACGGACUACCAGGAGGGACAAGGGUCGGUUUAUGAUAAAUCACGGCACGAUAACCUCGGAUUAAUUACUCGGUUCUUUUCUUCGCUUUCCUCGGUUCUUUACGAUGCGCCUCUCGACGACGCGUUUUACGUGAAGAAAGAACAGUGUGCGCAGGAUAGAGCGACAGGCGGGCCGAUAAGUUCGACGUUUCGGUGAAAGUCGUUGCUCGCGGUCGAACGCGACUGGUCGUGCUAUCUACAAAAAGGAAAAGAAAAAGGACGUUCGUUCGACAAGGAAGAAGAUCGUCCGUGUUACGAAUGUGAAUAUCUACGAUAAGUAAUUGGAAAUAACAUCCAGGAAGAUGGAAGCCCACCAAGGUGGCGGUUUAUCGUCUGCUGCGACAGAAACGGAAGCUGGACCGUCGAGCAGCGAACAAUGCGGCAACGAGCAAUGCACCAGUUCUCUGGACGAUGCAGUGGGCAAGCUACUUCAAGGCUACGACUGGACCCUGCUUCCGGUCACUUCUCGCGCAGGAGGACGAAGAAGCGCUCACGUGAAACGUCCGAUGAACGCGUUUAUGGUUUGGGCUCAAGCGGCCAGACGCAGAUUGGCGGAUCAAUAUCCGCAGCUUCACAACGCCGAACUUUCGAAAACGUUAGGAAAACUGUGGAGAAUCCUAAGCGACGGUGAGAAACAACCGUUCAUAGAGGAAGCUGAGAGACUGAGGAACGCGCACAAAAAGCAACAUCCGCAUUACAAGUAUCAGCCGCGUCGACGGAAACCAAAAUCGGAGGAACAAAUGGGCAUCGUGAUGCAUCGAGCUACUUUGUCCUCUCCAGGCACGUCUCUAGACUCUACCAACUCGUCCGACUGCACUUAUCCUCGCCUAUAUCCAGAUACCGGGAUCAAAACGUACGACAGACCGACUUACCACGAUAGCAAAACCAGCUACGAUCUGUCGAGGUCGGCUUGGUCCGCCGACACCAGCAAAUACCCGGUCGAUCAUUCGAUCGUAGAAAGCAAACCGUACGACGGUAUCAGAUACGAAUCGAACGUAGCGGCGAAAAGCUACGUGGACGCCAAGUGCUACGAGACGGUCAAGUAUCACGAGGUAUCUACCGCUGCAAAAUAUCACGAGACGAUUCCAAAGUAUUCCGAGUUGCAAACGAAGCCUUACGAUCUACCCAAAUACCCGGAGAAUCCCUUAAAAUAUCCCGCGGAUGUUACCAGCCCGGGCAAAUCAUACGCGUGCGUACACAGCCAGUAUUACUCCGCUCCAGAGGGAUACACGGUGCACGAGGAGAACGAAUACCAAACGCAGGGAGUUUCGACCCAUUCUUUCUAUCCGUAUAUUUCCGCGUCUAUGACGCAACCGCCUUAUUACAUGGGUCCUCGAUAAAUCGCUCUAGUGCGAUGUGUUUUAUUCAGGGACCGAAAAUAACAGUUGUUUUCUACAUUUUUACGGAAAAAGUCAUUCAGAAAAAAUGAAUUUUCGCUUAAACAAAAAUUUUUUUAACAGAUUAAAUGAUUUAAAAUCAGUAAUUUUUAGGUAUUCUAAUUACGAAUAACUAUUAUAAAUGAUUAACAUUUUUUUUUUUUUUUUUUUUUUUUUUCUUGGUUAUCGAUGAUCAUCAUCGAUGACGGAAAUUAUUUUAGAUUACAGGUAAUCGUUAUGGGCGAUGAGAACAUUUUUCAGUUAUUGGUAACCAUUACUGAUAACGCAGAUUGUUUUUUUUAUUACCGAUGAUCAUUAUCAAUGACGGAACCUUUUUUCCUUAACAAUAAAAUAAUUUUAAUCAUUUAUAAUAAUAAUUAGUCCUGAUCAAACUCAUUUAGAAUAAGAUACCAAUUCUUAUACCAUGACUUUCUUAAUUUCGGUUACAACAAUCAUGGUCCCUGGUUUUAUUCGUUCGCGUAAUUCUGCGCCCGAGAUGAGCGUGCGCGCCAGUGUGUGGGCAUCGAUAGUUUGUUAGACCGCUUAGUACUGUUUUUUCUUUCUUUGCUAUUUAUUUUUUUGGCAACAA